CAAGGCGGCACGCGAAGGUGCAGAAGCGGACACCGCAUUGCAGUGGCUGCGCCUGCUCUCAGAAAUACCCUCUUCUCUCUGUGAUGAACAGACACUUGUUGUGUGGCUCUUUUGGACGAUGCGGGCGCUUGUACAGUGGGAGGAAUCCUUAAAUUUCUCUUUUACUUCUUCAACCGUUGCAGAGGCGAUCACGGAAAGCGUCCUUGCGGCGGUUCGCAAUCUCAGCCUAUCACUGGAGAAGUGUGGGGAGGACGCAGUGCUUCCACCAAUGUUAUUAAACUGGCUUGCUUCAUACACAGGAAUGCCAUGGGGCGACGCAACCGCCUGGAUUGCCAAACAUGCAGGAGUAGAAGCCUCGCAAAGACGGCGCUUCCUAUUUAUCCGUUUGCCCUUUGGCCACGCUACAUUUGAUUCUUCCACCGAUGCACCGUCACGAAAAAGGCUCCUUUCGAGCAUAGAAUGGGAACUGCAGAAGGAAACGAUCCACAGGUGUGGUGGUCUUGGGCAGGAUACCCCACAUGGAGACGAUAAACUGGAGAUGAAAUUACAAGGGCUGUUUAAAACUAUCCGAGUCACACUUCUUCGUGCCUGGCAAUCUCGUGCUUUCUCUGUCUGCAGUUCUGGGGAAAUGAACCCAAAUAUGACAGAUGCCUUUUCUCCUGUUGCUCCUCGCGUGCCAGUUUAUAAGAGAAAAGGCUUUCUCCGCAACCGGUCUCGGGCACACGACGAAAUUGCUCUGUUUUCAUUUCAGGAGUUAGUUGGCUGCCUGUUGGAGGAGACAUCGCUGAAACAGGUCAAGGCAACGAAUAAAGAGACUUAG